GAAGCGUGCGGCCGGCGGCGGUGCGCGGCGCGCGGCGAGCAGGGGCCCGACCCAGGCGAGCGCCGCGCGGGCCACCAUGGCCACGGACGAGCUGGCCAGCAAGCUGAGCCGGCGGCUGCAGAUGGAGGGCGAGGGCGGCGGCGAGGCCCCGGAGCAGCCCGGGCUGAACGGCGCGGCGGCGGCGGCGGCGGGGGCGCCCGAGGAGGCGGCCGAGGCGCUGGGCAGCGCGGACGACGAGCUGAGCGCCAAGCUGCUGCGGCGCGCCGACCUCAACCAGGGCAUCGGCGAGCCCCAGUCGCCCAGCCGCCGCGUCUUCAACCCCUACACCGAGUUCAAGGAGUUCUCCAGGAAGCAGAUCAAGGACAUGGAGAAGAUGUUCAAGCAGUAUGAUGCCGGGCGGGAUGGCUUCAUCGACCUGAUGGAGCUGAAGCUCAUGAUGGAGAAACUUGGGGCCCCCCAGACCCACCUGGGCCUGAAAAACAUGAUCAAGGAGGUGGAUGAGGACUUUGACAGCAAGCUCAGCUUCCGGGAGUUCCUCCUGAUUUUCCGCAAGUCGGCGGCCGGGGAGCUGCAGGAGGACAGUGGGCUGCACAUGCUGGCUCGCCUCUCCGAGAUUGACGUCUCCACCGAGGGCGUCAAGGGGGCCAAGAGCUUCUUCGAGGCCAAGGUCCAGGCCAUCAACGAGUCCAGCCGCUUUGAGGAGGAGAUCAAGGCAGAGCAGGAGGAGAGGAAGAAGCAGGCUGAGGAGAUGAAGCAGCGGAAAGCGGCCUUCAAGGAGCUGCAGUCCACCUUCAAGUAGCGGGGCCACAGCUGACCAGCUGGGAGCAGGGCCAGGCGGGCACGGGCUGCCAGAUCCUGGAAGCUGAGCCCGCGUCCGCGGCUCUGUCUGAAGGAACCAUUCUGAAAACCUCAUGUCUGUGAAGGGAGCCGGCAAGGGGUCCUGGCUUCCCUCCGCUCCCUCCUGCUGUUCCGAGGCCUCCACACCAGCUCAGCUCCUGCCCAGCCCCACCACCCCGGCACCCCCUGUGAUGCACCGCACCCCUGGCUGCCCGCUGCCUGCUCCAGCUCCUGGCUCCAGGUCCAUUGCUGCCCCCACACCUGCCCUCCCUGCCUCCUUCCCCACCAAGCACUGGGCCCAGGAAGGCCUCCUGCCCUAACCAACAGGCUCCAAGGCCCUGGGGCCCUCCAAGAGCCCCUUCCUAGAGACAGGAAGAGAAAGGACUGGCCAGCAUCAAAGAUGGAAAGAGCUGUGGCCAGCUGGGCAGAGUGAGACCAAGGGGCUUAGCAGAGACGGCCUCCAGCCUUGCCUCCUCUCUCUGCCUGAGUGUCUACGUGGGGAGUGGGGGGGAUUCUGCUUCGGUGAAGGGACCCGGGCGCCUGGCACCCCAUGCUGGGGCCCAGCCGGGCAGUGUGAGGGGGCAGCUGUGCCGAACUACCUCACGGGCCCACACUCUCCUAGCCGUGCCAGGGAGACACGGGCAGGGGAGGGUCCGGGUGGGGGAGGUAGAGGCUCCACUCUUCGAUGCCCCCCCAGAACAGCCUGCGAGCCCCAAGGGGCUCUGGGGAGAGAGACAGGGAGGAGGAAUUGACUCCUUCAAAGGGACAGAAACCAGCCUGCUCCCUGGACUCACCGGGAAGUGUCCAAGAAGUGCUGCCAGGGUCUGGAUGCCCGGGGCGGGGGGCACUCUCGGGAGCCUUGCCCGGCCUGCUCGCCCGCCCUCCCCCAGGUGGUGGUCACCAGCUCGUCACCGGCGACGGGACAAGGAUGCGUGGGGACCGCCACCCGCCCUGUGCCCACCACCAGCCAGGCCGCGGCGAGCUCUGGCCGCAGCUCUGUUUCCCCACCGCCCCCAGCGUGUUGGCUCAUGUGCGUGUGUGUCCGUGUGUCCGUUGCUGUGUUGUGAAACUACUGUCACCCAGUCCAAACGAACGGCCAUCAAAGCCACCAAGUUAUGCAACUUUCUGUGUGUGUCGUGACAACGUCACUUGCUUUGUAAACUCAAUAACUUUAUUUUAAUAAGAUGCCCCCCUGCCCCUGAGUCCACAAAGCGCUCGUUGGAUUUGCAGAGGUUUUAUUUUUUUGGCCUUAGAACCUGCAGAAAUUAGGAGGUACUAACCACCCCCUUGCAGCAAGCAGCCUUGGUCCUGGAUUGCGUUUGCCUUAGUGGAUAUGUUUAUACAGAUGAAUAUAAAAAUUCCUUUUUUUCUUUUG